AUGGCGGAGAGUGAUGAUGAAGUCGGCCUUGUUGACGUGAAGGUAAAACAGCUUAUUUCCCAACCUUUCAUUAAUAAGACUUCACAAAUAAAAUAAAUUAAUUAUUUGCUUAUGAAACUCUUCGUUAGCGGUAUUAAAUAAAAAGUAUAUUUAAAUUCAGUAAAACCUGAUCUAAUGUAUUUUCCAUGCUGCCCAAUGCAAGCUAUACGCUAUGGAGCUUUACAUUUUCUUGAAUUACUCCUGGAAUAUCCCUUGCCUUAAGUUCAUUUUCAUUGAAUUAAAGCGACGAUGGUAGUCAAAAAGUUUGUAUGUGUUUAGCUUUGAAUGGGUUCAGCUUCGGUCACAAAACCUGAAUCAAAUCAGUGAUCUGUGGCUUUUAGGGCACGAUUUAAAUACUAAUUACUGAGUUUUUAACAGAGGAAGCUUUCGUUCUUAUUUAUUUAUUUUUUAAUAAAAAAGAAUCAUAAUUCGAUAUUUAUUCGAAAACAAUGCUUGAGCCAAAAGUUUUGGAUGUAAACAGUGCAAUUAGCAUAUUAAUGAAUUAUUUUUUAGAUGGAGGAUGGAGGAGGAGCUGGUGAAGACUUCACAUUCCAAGGUUUGAAAUUAAAUUUGAUAAGGUGAAAAAAUAUCAAAACACAAUAAUCAAAAUAAUUUGAAAAUUAUUGGCCUGUGCAGUAUCAUUUUCAUUACCUUUUUUAAUGAGUCAUUUGCAUUUGUGAUGCUGAGCAAAUUAAUCAUGCCCUUACAAACACAUUAUUAUUUUUUGUGCAAUUUGUGGCUGGAGUUAACCAGAGGCCUUUUUUCUUUCAGAUUUUACUAAAGGAGAUGACAUAAAUAAUCUUAACACUGUUGGUAAUAUUGGUGAAGAACCUGCAAGAACGAUCCCUGCUAAUUUGAAAACACAAUCACUGGAAGACUUCUCUGAUGGUAGUCCUUUAAUACAUAUUCUGUUCAAAUUAAGAAUAUUAACAGAUCAAUGCAUAGCGACUCUCUCUUGUGCAUCAGUGGAUCAGAUUGUGUAUAGUUCAAGAUGGGAAUCUUUAUUUGAUUUGUGAUUGGUUAACUUCAUCACCAGAAGAAAACCAGCAGUGUAAAGCUGAAUUUUAAAAAUCAAAAUUGGGAGUGACUACAUAUAGUAAUGAUAAGAAUGAAGGUUCUUUUAUGACUGCAUUAUCUUUCUCUGCUAUAAAAUUAAGAGGUUGCAGAAUCAUUCUUUUAAUUUGCUGUUUUCUUCACUUGCAGAUGAUGAAGAAGAUAAAACAGAGGUUUGCAUAGCUUAGUUUAAUUUCAUGCUGCUUGUUAAUGUCAUAACUUGACUUUAGUUUUGCAGUUAUACUGGUUUUAAUUAUAUUAAUUAGUGUUUUUAGCUUUUAGCUGGACAGCGAAAACAACCACCUUUCUGGACAUUUGAAUAUUACCAAACCUUUUUUGAUGUGGACACAUACCAAGUAAGAUUAUUACAUAUUGAAGCCAUGAAAUUUUAAAUGAUGCUAACAGUGUUUUGCCUUUAAUUUUGUUUUUGAAGAAGUUUGCAUAAAAUGAACUGUUUUCAAUGAAAUUGAGUGAUUGAUUUUCACCUCUGAAACAUUCAAGUUCUUCCUGGAUUGUUCUGUGGUUCUCUAGGCCUCCUAAACCAACAAAACUUUUUUGUUUUUAAGGUCCUUAGGAGGAUUAUAGGAUCAAUGGUACCAGUCUACAAGAAAAACUACCUUGUGUCUUUUAUUCGUCCAAAUCCUGAUCUUUAUGGUAGAGUAUAAAUGUCAUUGUAUCUAUCAUUUUUUUUUAACAGUACAGGAUAUAUUUAAAAGGUAUGUUUUGAAAUUUACUUCAAUUAUUGACAUUGCUUAAAUUUUAGGUCCCUUCUGGGUGUGUGCAACACUUGUAUUUACAACAGCAAUAUCUGGUAACCUGGCAAGCUAUCUGAUCAACAGUGGAGACCAUGAAUGGGUGUAUGAUUUCCACAAAGGUAAAAUUCCAUGUGAAAUAUUUCUCUAUUCCUAUCACCUGUUCCAUGGAUGUAGAGAAUCUUCUAGCCUUGGUUGCCCACAUUAUUAUUUGCCAGUGCGCCCCCUAAUAAGACCAUUUUUGUCACAACUUUCUUGACACGUAAGCCUUUUUAUAAAACUAUUGUCAGUAAUUACUACUAUCACAUUUUCAUCCAUGACAGUUACUCUGGCUGCAGCAGCCAUAUACACAUAUGCCUUCCUGGUACCAACAGCUCUUUGGGGAGUUCUUCUUUGGAGAAGAAGCAAUGCAGGAUAUUCCUUUCUAGAAAUACUCUGUGUUUAUGGUUAUUCCUUGUCCAUCUAUGUCCCAAUAUCAGUAAGUUGUGAGAGAUGAAUGAAAUAUAUUAGAUAAAGAAAUAAAUAGAUAAGAAGACCUCUCCAAAAAUUCUCAACUCUUUCACUCCCAAGAUCUUGAGUCACUUAUCUUUCAGCAAUAAUCACUCAUACUGCCAUUCUGAGAAUUUUUUUUGUUUCAGUGAACAAUCUUCAGAUUUCCGUGGAUAGAUUCUCUUUGUGUAUGUUAAGGAGAGACGUAUUUCAUGUUGGACAACUGACAGACUGACUGGCUGUUCAAAAUAUUUCUACAGCGAAUAAUAUUACUAUUGUUUCCUCUCAGGUGUUAUGGGUUGUCCCAUUGGAAUGGUUAAGAUGGCUUCUUGUUAUGAUAGCAAUGAUUCUCUCAGGUAAGGAAAAAACUAAGACAUAGUGUUUUAAGUGAAACAAUGUUUUUUCCUUUAAGGCAACUUUGUAAUAGCCACUGUGACAAUUUUACAGGUGCUGUGCUAUUGUUAACAUUUUGGCCGGCGGUUGAAGAUGAUGACAAAAAGGUAUGAAGCUGUGAGGAAACUUGCAACUCAGUUUCUGUCAUUAGCCUUUUAUUUAUUUCUGUUUUGUCUGCAUUUUCUGAUUCAAGAGCUGGAUUGUUAACUAAGAUUUUUUUUCAAAUCUGCUUCAUUCAGGUAGCUGGCAUUCUUCUUGCAGUCAUAUUUCUCCUUCAUGGCCUUUUGGCUGUUGGAUUUAAGGUAUGAUAUUUUUAUUCAUUGCAUUGGGGUUCUGAGUUGAUUUUUUUUGUUAAAGAGAAUCAUUUUUGAGUAGGUCAACUAGGUAUCUGUUUCCUUUUCAUUUGAAUGUAGACCAUCAUACUAAACUUUCUUUUGUUUGUAGUUGUAUUUCUUCCAUGCUCCACCUGAACCAGCCCCACAGGUGACACCAACAAUGGCAAACAGAACAACGGCAUGAGGUUAUCAUCAUCUUUAAUAUUCAUUGAUUAGUAUUUGAAGACAGAGACAAUAAUUGUAAUAAUUAUAUUGAUGACAUUAGUAGUAGCAGUAGUCAUAGUAGUUGUUUUAAUAAAAACCAAUUUAUAAAUGCACUCAUAACAUAGCAAAACAUAUGAUCCUCAGCUCUGGUAAUAAUUGUCUUAUACACAUGUUUUAACAAAUAUCCCACCUUUCUUGUUUUACUUUUCCUAUAAUCUCUAAGGAUUGUUUGGUAGUAUUCUCAUAUCUUUUAUAGGGUUAUGUUUGAAGACUAUUUAGCAGUUAACCCCUCUAAUUAUCUGAUCUCUGCAUGCAUUGCCUUUCCUAAAUUUAUAUCUUUCUUUCCCAUUUAGAGGAGAAGGAAAGGUAAAGAGUAUUUGAAUGCAGAGAUGUUGAAUAGAAGAAAUUUACUAGCUAGAAACUCAUCACCCAGAUUGUUACUGAAUUCUUGGUUGCCUAGCAGCAGUGAAUGUAUUCUUCAUUCAUGGAUUUUAGAGCUUUAAAAGUUCAUAAGUCAUGGUUGUAAAAAUGUGAUAUUAUUUAUGAGGUUUGUUAAAAAUUCUACUAAAACAAGCAAUGGCUGCUUAUUGCAGUUCACAGCUUGCUUAUAGCAGAAUUGUUGGGUGUCUAAAGGCUGUUGUUCAAGAGGGUAAGAUACCCAGCCAAAAACUUGUUCUUCAUUUAGUAAUAUCCUUUUUUUAUGGAAUAAUUCUAUUGAGCUGUGAAUGUAUUAAAAUUUUAUAUAUACUGUUGAACUACUCAAGGUUAAUGUACCCUUUACAAUGUUCUUUUAGGUGGGAGUUGUUUAAAAAUUGGUGGUACAAUGAGGAGAAAUAAAUAUGAAAACCCAAAAGCUGGAGUCAUUGUUGCUCUUGGAGGGAUUAGUUCCUCAGCCAUUGCUGGCUAAAAAGCUUUCUUGUAAGUAAGACCAGAACAAGGGAAAGAUGAGAGAAAGAAAAAGCAAAGAAAUGGAAGACUUUGUGUAGCUUUCUUUUUCUCCAUUUUAAUCUUGAUACUACAGUGAAUUCUUCAACCUAUGCUGGUUGAGACAACUGUUCAACAGGCAAAUGAGCAAACUUCCUUCAUAUGAUAAUAAAUGCACAUGAUUCAUCAAAUCAGAGGUAAAUAUUGAGUCUUGUUCGCUGACCCAUGGCUACCAAUUACUUGACUAACUGAGAAUAUGCAUGUUUCUUUAAACGUUGCUGAAAUAAACAAACUUUCCUACCCC